AAACCAAGCAAGCAAAUUUUGAUAUGAUAUGUCCCUCUCAAUGGGUGCUUCCAAGAUAAUAUAUGUUCCGCAUAGAGAGAGAGAGUGGGAGAUUGGUGGAUCACAAUGGCCUGUGUUUCCAAUUCCAAUUUUUCAUCCCCAGGUGGAAGGAGGAGAAGAAGAAGAAGAUAAACCCAUCAAGCUUCUUUGAUUGGGGCAGAGGGAAGAAGAAAAUUGAAGAGGAGAAAUCAAAAUCCAAAUAUCAUGAAAACAUUGACCUCCCUUUCUCACCAUCUCUUCUAAAGAAAACUUUCUUAAAAGGUAAAGAGUUAAAAUGCUGCUACAUAGCCACCAUUGAUGGAUUCAGUGCAGCUCAAUUCCACAACUGCUGUGAUUUUAAAGGACCUUGCGUGAUAAUUGGCUACACAAAAGACUCCUUCAAGUUUGGUGCAUUCAAUCCUGAAGGUUACAGAAGCACAGAUGAUUACUACGACACUUUUGACGCGUUCCUGUUUUACUGGAAGGAUGAGAAUGAGAAAGAACCAAUUAUCUUACCAAAAGUGGGUGGUAGUGGUGCUGCACUAUUCGACUACGCCAGAGGCGGCCCCCAGUUCGGCGCAGACGGGCUACUUAUCGGACCACCACUAGCACCAGUUAUGGGAGGGUUUGCUGGACCAGAUACAAACUCUGGAAUUGGUGAUCUAAGGCAAGCUAAGUCUAGAUUAGGAUUAUCUUAUGCAAAAAGAGAAGAUGGUAAGGAGUCUUUGUUUGGAGAUGAAUCUAAGACCACAAUCAAAGAAGUUCAAGUGUAUUGUAACCCGAAAAUUGCAAGCUUAUAUUGAAAAGAUCAUAUUGAAAUACAUUUCUAAAAACAUGCAUACUUGUAAACUGACUCAGUUGCCUAAGUUUUAAGCUGUCUCAGUUGCUCGCUUAGAGCUUUCACAGUAGUUUGGGAUUGCACCA